AUGAAGGCGAUGAUUGGAGAUUGUACACUGAAACGGUGUUUACUACGAAACGAUGUGAAUUUACCAAGAGUUAUUGUUGAUGGUUGUCUACCGGUAUUCAGCGUAGAUUUCACAGAUGCAGUUUUAAAAUCAUUAUACGAAUUAAUUGUGAAUGUUCCAUUUCCAGAAGCAGAUAAAAGUCUUACUACACCUGCAAAUCCUGAUGAAUUAUUAAAAGAUGUUGUAGUUUUGCCUAAUUCAAUAAUGCCUGGAUCUGUACUAGCCACUAGAGAUUUGCUUAGAGUUACACGUCAACUUAGUCGAAACGAUAGUGAUUCUACUUUGAGCAGUUGGGCGUCAGAUACUGCGGAUGAUGAUUUACGUGAAGAAAGUGAACACGAUCGAAUCAGUCAACAAUCAGAAAUAGAAAAUUAUACUUCUAAUGUAAAUGAUGAUCUUCACGGUAGUCAGUUUAUGGAUAAAAACAAGUCUAAAGCUAUACGUCAACGUGAUCAAUCUAAUUUACGUCGUAAACGAGCAAAAUUAAUUGAUUUAAAAUUAGAUUUUGUUAUACGUAAAAUUGAAAUUCAGGUACUGGAACGUCAAUUAAACUCGCAAAAUAAAAAUAUUGAAGAUCGUUUAAUUUUAUCUUUCAAUAUUCAUGAAGUUGGUACCAGUUUAAUUAAACGACGUUGGACACAAGAAUUCAGGCUCAUAUUGGCACUUUAUCAGUCGCUAUUCCACAAAACAGGUCAUCAUUUAUUAGCAGUUCAAUUAAUUAUCGCAGAGAAAAAUGCUCCUGAUUUUGAUACAUACUAUCAAAAUACACGCCAUCGUUUACAAUGUGAUUUCAAAGUGUUGGAUGUAUAUGUUCAUCAAGAAGCUACUCUAUUAUUAAUGAAUUAUUUCAACAAUCUACGUAUAUCAUUAUCUAAGCAAUUCAAAGAAAUUGAACAUUCAUCUGAAAUUGAAUGGGCUAGUAAUAUUGGAGAUACAGAAGGUUUAAAAAAAGCAAAACUGCGCGAAAGAUUAGAAAAUGAAAUGGAACAACAACUUCCUGGACGUUUAACUGCUGCAGAUGCUGUAGAAAGUCAUAUUGCUCGUAAAACUGAACGUCGAAAUAUACGUUUGGAAGCCGCUUCUUUAGCACAGAAAACAGGCAAAAUUGCAGUUAUUCGCGAAUUGAAUAUUACACAAUGGAUGGUGAAUGCAACAUUGGACAAAGUGAAUGUUACAUUAGGCUCUAAAGAAACUGAUUUAUUUUCAACUACCGUUAACGGUCUUCGAAUCGAUGUUCGUACAACCUAUAAUACUAUAGAAAUUUCGGCAAUACUUUCUGAAUUCACUCUAAUUGAUCGUAUCGUAAAUACAUCCUAUCGUAAGAUUUUAUGGGUUGAUCCGACAGAAAAUGUGGUUUCUUUGCAAAUUACACAUUUUCAAGAUAAUACCCAGUCUGUUGAGAAUUCAAUAGAUCCAGACAAAGUAGACUUGGCUAUCAGUCUUCAGAUAGGGAAAUUACAUUCUAUCUUCUUAUAUCAUUUUAUUACACGUGUAUUGAAUUUUAUGGAAGCCUAUCAAGAAGCAGCUGAAUUGAUGUUAAAUAAAUUUCAAGCUUUAUCGGAUGCAGCAGUGCAACAAGUUCAUGAAGCAGUUGAUAAUUCUCUUCAAACUCGUCUCAGUUUAAAUAUUGUUGCUCAAGCUCCAGUUAUAUAUAUGCCGCAACACUCAUUGUCAAAUGAAUCUUUGAUGAUUGAUUUUGGGCGUAUCACAUUAUCAAAUUAUUUUGAAUUUGUCAAUCCUUCAAAAGUAUUGCCUGAUACAACAAUUCCAGUUCCCGAUCCCGGAAUCAUGUUAGAACAUAUGGUGGUUAAGUUGGAAAAUUUACGAUUAUCAAGAGUAGUGCUAAAAGACAGUUCUGUUCAAGCCGAGAAACACGUUUUACUUCCAAUUAAUGUUGAACUGAAAACUCGUCGUAAUCUCAAUCCAAAUAUAUAUUCCGCUAUACCUAUCCUUCUUGUCAAUGGUGGAUUAAAUGAAAUUAAUAUUUCUUUUUCUCAAGGCGAUUAUCGUGUUCUUCAAGAAGUACUUUUUGAUAAUUUUAAUGAUACACCAUCGUCUACUAAAGGAUCUGUAAAAACAACACCUGUUACUACGGGUUCCUCUGCUAAGUCUACUAACAAAAAGAAUAAAACACAACAAAAAGUUGAAGAGAAAAACACUACAGAAAAUGAUAAUCCAGUCAAAAUUGCAGUCAGUUUUGAUUUAGGAAUGAAAAGUGUCAUUCUUAAUUUGUACACAUGUGAUCAACCAAUAACAGAAUGGCAUAAUGAUUUCCCGGAAGACAAACGAUUGGCUACAUUCAAUCUUAAACAAUUCAAUGUAUCUGGUCAAAUGGCUUCAGAUUCAUCAUCUCAAUUCAUCGCUAAACUUAAUGAUAUUAAAUUACAAGAUAGUCGACCUGGUUCAAAUAGACAAAUUACUAAAGGUCAAAUUUUAAGAGUUUUAGAUCAUUCUACUACCAAAGAUAACCGUCAUAAUGAAUUAAUCUAUAUUGAAUUUAAACAAGAUGCAUUACUAAACAAAAAAAUUCAAAUUAGUCUACGAAGCAUCCACUUGUGUGCUUCAAUGGAUUAUCUUAUGUCUUUACUGGAUUUUCAAAUGAAAAGUACACCAACACUGAAAAGUGAAUCAAAUAACUUAACAUCUCUUUCGGAUAAAUCCAAACAGAAACGGUUAAACAAUUCUUCAAUUACAAAACUGGUAGAUGCCAAGAAAACGGAAUUAUUACCAACAGCAUAUCCUUUUAAUCUGGAGUUAAAAAUUCAAAUAGAUAAUCCUGAAUUAGUUCUUGUUGAAGAUAUUUAUAAUGUUGAUAGUAAUGCAAUUAAACUUACUACUGAAUUAAGUUUUGAUUACAACAUGCAACAGGAUAUGGUUGUUAUAAAUGCUUUAAUCAACGGUUUGUCUGUUGCUGCCUGCCCUUACAAUGAAACAGUUGGCGGGCCAUUUUCUAAGGAGAUUUUAUCGCCUUGUGUUUUGAGUUUUUAUGCAUCUCAACCAAUUAAUGGUAGUUUACAUGGAACAUUACAUAUGGAUACUUUAACGAUCAAUAUUAAUCCAAACACAAUCAGAUUAUUAUCAGCAAUUUCUUCAUCUGUUCAAUCAUCUCUAACCACUGACAAAAAUCCAGAUAUUUGUGAAACUGUUUCAAAGGUUGAAUCUAUGAAAGGCGUCAGUUUAGAUCAUUCGGAUGAAAAAUCACUUACUGAGUUUUGGAAACCGAUUCAGCUGAACGAAUUAAAUAUGCCCUAUUUAGGAUUGACAUCAGAUGCAAACGACAAAAUUGAAUGUGUUGAACAUGCUUGUGAUGUUGCGAAAGUUGUCGGAGAAAUGGAGAACCGCCGCAUAGAUAUCAUAAAUAUUCGAUUAAAAACUAUUCGAAUUAUACUGGAAUCUCAAUUAGAUACAAAAUCUAUGCCUAUGCUUGUUCUUGACUCCACUUUAGAUGCAGUUCUAACUAAACCAGUUACAAAUCUUGAACUAAAGUUUUUAAUAGAAUUAUCCCUAUCAUAUUACAAUGAUUCACUUAAUCAAUGGGAACCAUUGAUUGAAACUUUACCAGAAGAAGGUGAUCGUAUGUGGUCUCUUCAAUUGGAAAUAGUCAGUAUUGAUAAUAAGGCCGAAUGUUUAACCGAUGGUGACUGGGAGAAUGUUGGUUGUCUGCAAGAAUCAAGGAAUACAAUGUUAAUUCUGUCCAGAGAUAAUUUAGAAAUCACUAUAUCUAAAACUGCAUUAAAUAUGUUAAGUAAUUUGGGUCGUUCAUUUGAAGCAGCCUAUAAGUUGAAAAAUAUCAAGUCGAAAUACGAUGAUUCUACCAAUCAAGUUAUAGCACCCUAUCGAAUUGUGAAUAAUACCGGUUGUCAGCUAGUGUUACGAUAUAAUUCUCAAGCUCUAUCGUUGACUCACUUCAACAAUGGUAAUACAAUGACUACAGGUGAAUCUCUUCAUCAAACAUCAUCGGGAUCUAACAAAGCAGUUGUUUCAAAUACUGAACAUGACAUAGUAACAUAUCAAAAUUCGAUCUUACUUAAUUCACAACAAGAAAUUGGAUUUACUGAGUUGUCUAAAACUGACAAAAAUCAGUCCAUUGUUUCUUCAUAUAAGGAUUCACGUCACCAUAUUUGGAUUUCUUUAUCAGAUACAAGUCAUAAACCUGGUAGUUUCAUAUCAAAUUCGGAAGUUGUUUUUCAAUUAUAUCGAGGUGAUAGCGAAUUGCUUUGUUUAUCAAAAGAUCCCAGCAAUGAAAAACCUACGAGUUCAGAUCGUAGAAGUACCAUUUAUCCUAUCAUUGCUGAUGUUGAAGCAUGUCUGGGAGUGAAAUCGAUAACCUUUCGUUCAACUGUUCAGGUCAUGAAUAAUACUUCUGAACGUGUUUGUAUCUACUCACCUUUAAUAAAAUCAUCUGUAGCAAAUCAACUACCUGGUUUAUUAACAGUUAUUGAAGCCGGUCAGUCAUAUUCACUUCCUGUAGAAAUCGUUAAUUCUCGUCAACAAACAGGGAUAUUUAUUGGACCGGAAUAUGAAAAACCAGUCAUUUCAGUGACCCGUGCUUAUUGGCCAGAAUUUGCUUGUGGAGUUGAAAAAUACACUCCAAGUAAUACAGAUACUCACUUACCUUUUCUUGCACCAUACGCUCAAACAGUGUCGUCUACAAAUAUAGAAUAUAAAAUAUCCACUUCCUCUCAAUUUAAAUGGCCCAAUCAAUUAAUUGAAUGUCAUACAAACAGUAGUAGUAUGAAUAAUAAUGGUAUAGUAUACUUUUAUAACGUUGCUGUUGUAAAUCAUAGUGAUCAGGAUAAUCGUCUUGACAAUAAUAAUGAUAAUGAUAAUACUGGCAACACUGAUCAACAGCGUAAAACAUCGUUAACUGAAGUAGCCGAUGAAUUACGUGCAACUCAAAAGAAAAUGAUUCAAGGAGAUAAAUUAAGCGUAACACAUUGUGAUUUUCAAAUGAUUAUCCAAACUGCUGUAGUUUUGUACAAUCAACUGCCGUUCCCAAUUAAUUUUAUAUUAACAGAUAUUACCGACACAAUUUCUGCCGGUAGUCAUUAUGCACUGAAGACUGCACCACCAAAUAGUGCACAAAUUGAAAUUUCAUUCGAAUACACUGGUAGCAUGUAUCGAGGCAAACUGGAAUUACAUCCACAAAUGGAAGAGUAUUGUGUCAUUGAAUUUGAAUCGCGUAAAGAAUACGAAGUGUUUAACUUGCCUUUAGGAUUACAUCGUACUUCAAAUCUGGGACAAAUAUGUUUAACAUUGUAUGCACCAUACUGGAUGAUAAAUAAAACUGAAAAAGACUUAACAUAUAAGUCUGUAGAUGAUAUAGAAACUGUUCAUCCAGCUACUUUUACCGGUGCAUUGCUCUAUUCAUCUUUGUCUAAAUCAUUUUUUGGCAAACGAAAAGCUAAUCUUCGUGUAUGUGAAUCCAAUUGGUCAGACAAAUUCUCAUUGGAUACAGUUGGUAGUUCAGGACGUGUACAUUGUACAACAAAGUCAAAAAUGUCGUAUGAAAUUGGAGUGAAAAUCGAUUUAUCUAGUUCUGGUUUAACAAAAAUUGUUACAUUUAUGCCUUAUUUCAUAAUUAUCAAUAAAGCUAAUAUAAAUAUCGAGUGUUGUGAAGUGGAUGAAACUGAGACAAAAUCUACACAGUCCACAAAUACAGAAUGGAUAAAAGUUCCAGCUGGUGAAGCUGUACCAUUUUGGCCACAUGCAGCAAAUUCAAAGAAUAUGUUAUUAAAAUGUCGUGUAGCAGAGAAUAUUGUGACUGCAGCAUUUCCAUUUUAUGAAUCACAUUCAAUAUUAAUGAAAUUAGACGAAAAAUAUCCUGGUAUAUUUGUUGAAGUGGAGACAACUGAAGAAACAACUGUAAUCACUUUGCAAAUGUAUCAAGAAGGUAUGGCUUUAGUGCGUCUCGUCAAUAAUCUAAAUGAUUCACAACCAGUGUUCUAUCACCAAAGUGGACUUCAACAUACAGUUCAUCGGUUAGAUGCUGGUAUGUCUAUCAUGUAUGCAUGGGAUUGUCCUCAAGCAAAACGCGAAUUAAUUUUCUAUUGUAAUGAAACCGAUAAUCGUCAUUCAAAUAAGUUAACUUAUGACUCUAUUGAAGAAUUUAAAGUGAAGGAUACCAAAGCAUAUUUGGUUUCAUUUAUGUGGAAUAUGCAACGUGUUUUAUUAUUUACACAAAAUGCAAGUGUUGCUAAAAAUGCUCGAUUAAGUUCUGAUCUUGAACCGAUUGACCAAGAAAUUGUUAUUUCUCUUCAAUCAAUUGGUAUUUCAUUAGUUGAUAAUCAUUCACGAGCAGAAUUAGCUUAUGUAUCUAUUACAAGUUCUGGUGUUCGGUGGAGUCAGAUAAAACGUGGGAAUCGUUUAAAACCAUUACAACUGGCUUUAAGCGAAAAUUUAGAACGCGCUUAUACCAAUUUUGUGAACGCAUCGAAUGAUGCAGACAAAGUUAGACUCAGCAUUGUCAAAUUAACUGAUACACAUCAACCAAUAGAAGUAGAUUUCAAUCGAAUGAUUAUGUUGAAACCGGAUCAAUAUGGGAUAACGCGUGCAUUUGAUCCGGGUGUAUUUUUACAGUAUAAAUCAUCUAUUAGUCAAAUGCAAUUACAUGCUAAAUUGUUUCGAUUACAGAUUGACAGUCAACGACUUGAUUCUAAUUUUCCUGUGGUAUUGUCAGCUUUUCCUCAGCCGAAAUCUGUGGCACUUGAUUCAGGUGUUAAACCGUUAUUUGAAUGGUCAGCAAUUAUUGGACGUACAGCGAAUCCGGGUUCAUUUCGAUUUAAAUACUUCCAUGUUCUUAUACAAGAGAUGCAACUUAAACUUGACCAAGGCUUUCUUUAUGAUAUAACCAAUUUCUUUGCUUCUUCUGUAACCCAUACAUCUAAGGAGGAAGCGUUCAAACAUGAUUAUCUUUUGAUCACUAGUAAAUUGAUUGAUUCACCAGUUGUACAAGCUCACCUGCAAGAUGGGAAUCGAUCCAUUUUUGAUAGUUUUCAUAUUUCACCGAUCAAAGUACACGUCAGUUUUUCUCUUACUGGUAGUACAGAAGGAAAAUCGUCGGCUUUCCCGAGUGAAGUACUUAAUCUUUUCUUGCAAUCUCUUGGUGUAGCAUUAACUGAAGUACAAGAUGUAGUUUUCAAAUUGGAUUAUUUCGAACGUCAAGCAUGUAUCAUGACAAUUAAUCAAAUGAGUACAGAAAUUACACAUCAUUAUGUUGGCCAAGGUGUUAGACAAAUGUAUGUACUAGUUUUAGGAUUGGAUGUAUUAGGUAAUCCAUUCGGUGUAUUACGAGGCUUAGCUCAAGGUGUUGAAGAUCUCUUUUAUGAACCAGUAAAAGGUGCAAUUCUUGGUCCGGAAGAAUUUGCUGAAGGUGUCACUCUAGGUGUACGAAGUUUGCUUGGUCAUGCUGUAGGUGGGGCAGCUGGUGCAGUUUCACGUAUAACUGGCACACUUGGUAAAGGUAUCGCUGCUUUAACUCUAGAUGAAGAUUAUAAACGUAAACGUCGUGAACAGUUAGCACGACGUCCAGAAACAUUUGGUGCUGGUCUAGCUCAAGGUGGUCGAGGUUUAUUUAUGGGUGUAUUUCAUGGUGUUACUGGAGUGGUUACAAAACCUUUCGAAGGGGCUAAAAAGGAAGGAGUUGAAGGUUUUUUCAAAGGCUUUGGCAAAGGUCUUGUUGGUGCAGUAACUCGUCCAGUUUCUGGAGUUGUUGAUUUUGCUAGCAGUUCAUUUGAAGGAAUUCGCAGAUUAGCUGAUACAACACAAGAAGUUUCACGUGUUCGUCCUCCUCGGUUUAUUCGUUCUGAUGGGAUUAUAAGACCGUAUGAUAAACAUGAAGCUGAUGGUCAUCUUAUUCUUAAACAAGUAGAUAAAGAUGGUAUUUUUGGUCAAUAUCUAUUUCAUAUUCAUUCUGUUCGUGGAAAUAGUGCAUUAGUUUUAACAACAAACAACCUACUAAUCAUAGAAUCAAUGGAUUUAUUGGGAACAUUUUCAGUUGAUUGGAAAACUCCAUUAGAAAAUUUAUCUGAGGUGCCAGUUGUCAACAAAAGUGGAAUCUUAAUUAAUUUGAAAGAAAGACAGAAAAAAAUGUUUACAUCAGGUCAUCGGACUAAACAAUUUGACUGUGAUCUUAAUUUAGCCAAAUUAAUGAUCAAUGAGAUCGAUUUGGCCAUGACUAAACAUGAACACUUGGACUCUAAUCUUUGA